AUGGAUAAGAUAAGAGCUCAAGGGCUCUGUUAUAAUUGUGAUGUUGUGUACAAACCUGGCCAUUUCUGUAAGGGUAAACAAAAACUCUACAUGUUACACAUGGAGUCUGCUGAAUCACAAGACAUUGAAGAGGAGGAGGAAAUGUUUGUUGAGGCACCUGAAUCUCCAGUACAAUCUGAUGUUGAAGUAUCCCAUCAUGCUCUCACUGGAUCAGCCACUGGUGAUACAAUCUGGAUUCCUGGUCUCAUCCACAAGAAGACUGUGAAGCUAAACAGCGUCACUAUUAAAGAUAAGUUUCCUAUACCCAUUGUGGAUGAAUUACUAGAUGAACUACAUGGUGCCAUCAUCUUUACCAAGAUAGAUCUGAGGGCUGGCUAUCAUCAAAUAAGAGUUAAUGAUCUUGACAUCCACAAGACAGCCUUUAGAACUCAUCAAAGCCAUUAUGAAUUUAAGGUCAUGCCAUUUGGCCUCACAAAUGCCCCUGCCACAUUUCAAGCUCUCAUGAAUGAUAUCUUUCAGCCAUUCUUAAGAAAAUUUGUGUUGGUCUUCUUUGAUGACAUACUUAUUUAUAGUAAAAGAAUGAGUGAACAUUUGGAACGCCUCAGAUUGGUCUUUACACUGCUCAGACAACAUCAACUCUUUGCAAACCUAUCCAAAUGUUGCUUUGGAAAAGCAUCCUUGGAGUACCUUGGUCACAUAGUCACAGCAGAGGAUGUUUGUGAUGACCUAAAUAAAAUUGCUUGUACGCAAUCUUGGCCAAUUCCAAAGAAUAUUAAAGAGAUAAGAGGAUUUCUGGGUCUUACAGGUUACUACAGAAAGUUUGUACAUCAUUAUGUAAUUAUAAGCAAGCCACUAACUAAUCUUCUCAAGAAAAAUUCAUUCCGUUGGAGUCCAGCUGCUACAACUGCUUUUGAGGCACUCAAAAAAAAACCACUAGGUCCUAGAGCUGCAACACUCUCUACUUAUGAGAAGGAAUUUCUGGCUAUUGUUACUGCAGUUCAAAGGUGGAAGCAUUAUCUCCAAGGUACCAAAUUCAUCAUAAAAACUGAUCACCAGAGCCUUAAGUACUUAUUGGAACAAAAGUUUAUCACUGCAUUCCAACAAAAAUGGCUCAUCAAAUUAUUGGGGUUUGAUUAUAAGAUUCAGUACAAGAAGGGCUGUGACAAUGUGCUUGCAGAUGCACUUUUUAGAAGACCCUCAGAGUUUGAUACUUGUCACUCCAUGAUCAGAGAUAAACUAUUAAAGACUUUAUAUACUUCUGCCAUUGGAGGGAAUUAUGGAAUUCAAGCUACUUCUGUGAGAGCAAGAAGUCAUUUUUAUUGGACAGGUAUGCAUAGAGACAUAGUUUCCCUUAUAUCUCAGUGUGAUGUUUAUCAAAGAAAUAAAGCUGAUCACACUAACUCAUCUGGCUUGCUAGAACCACUUCCUAUCCAUGAACAUGAUUGGCAACAUAUCGCCAUGGAUUUUAUAGAAGGGUUACCUGUAAGCAACAUGAAAAGUGUCAUCUUAGUGGUAGUGGAUAGGUUGACAAAGUAUGCACACUUCUUAGCUCUGCAACAUCCUUACACUGCUUCUUCUGUUGCUCAUGCAUUCCUCAAUCAAGUGAUGAAAUUACAUGGAUUGCCUUCCUCCAUUGUUUCUGACAGAGAUAAGGUGUUUACAAGCAAUGUUUGGCAUGACUUAUUUAAAGCCUUGGGAACAAGUAUUAAUCUCAGUACAGCUUAUCACCCACAAUCAGAUGGCCAGACUGAAAGGGCCAAUGCUUGUGUUGAAAACUAUCUAAGCUUGAAGAUUUCUCCUUUUCAAGCUUUACAUGGGUAUGUACCUCCUCAUCUUGCUUUUCCUUCUGCUACAACCACUUUAGUUGCUGCAGUUGAGGCUUACUUGAAGGAUAGAGCUUCUCUACUGGAUAUAUUCAAAGAGUCUCUCCUUAAAGAUCAAGAGAGAAUGAAGCUAUAUGUUGACAGGUCCAGAACAGAUAGAACUUUUGAGUGCAUUGGAAAGGUGUCUUAUAAGUUGGAUUUACCAUCAUACUCUCGUAUUCACCCUGUGUUUCAUGUCUCUCAACUUAAGAAGCACAUUGAGCAGCAACACACUUCUUCACCAUCUCUGCCAGUAGUAGAUCAUGAAGAGAAUGUUACAUGGGAAGAUCUAUCCAACAUUCGCACUCACUAUCCGAAGUUCAUCCUUGAGGAAAAGGAUGUUUUUCCGGGCAAGAUACUUCUCUUUAGCUUAAGUACUGUGGGUGCCCUUAUAAUUUUGCUUGUCUGCCUUUAUCCCCAUUCACAUGCUGUACGUGAUGGUGAGUUCACUACAAUUGGUAUCAGAGCAGUCGGUUCUCUGACUGCUUCCAUGGCUAACAAAGCUGCAAUGGAUGAAUUAAAUCGGAAGAUCGACGAACUAUAUAAAUCUCAGAAAGAAUACAACCAGAAACAAGAAGAGUUACCUCUUAAACAUGCAUAUCUACUCAAAAAAGUGGAUUAUAACUAUGAGCAACCAUCACCUAGACUUUUGCAAUCCAUCAAAGAAUUACUCCGAGAGAGUAGAGAAGAAGGUAGAUAA